GGAGUCAAACUACACCAGCAAAGCAAUGACGUCAUUUCCCUUCUUCCUGUCCAAGCAUCUCCCUGCUCUCUCUUCUCUGAAGUUCCGUGCAAGUCUUCCCCACCUCACAACACGACACAAGCAUCAGUAAUAAUCAACAUACAAAGCCUCGAAACUCAUCACCGUCUUUUCCAACCCAAAAACUUGAGGCCGGAAAAGGAUCGACUACAUCGAGAUGACCCAUGCCGAGCUCGUGUUCGUCCCAAUCCCUGCCAUAGGUCAUCUCAUAUCGAUGGUCGAGAUGGCCAAGCUCCUCGUUGACCGCGAUCCCCGCCUCUCUGUCACUGUCCUAAUCAUGAAGCUUCCGUUCGAUGCCGACGUCGACUCGUACACAAACUCCCUCGCCACUUCUGUGGCUGCUGCCCGCAUCCGCUUCGUCCACCUCCCGUGUGAGAACAUCGGCACCGAGAUCUUGGGUAGCUUCCUCACCGACUUCAUUGAAAGCAACAAGCCCCACGUGAAGCGGGCUGUCGCCGAGCUCGUCGACUCGGCCAGCUCGACUCAGCAGCUUGCGGGUUUUGUCCUCGACAUGGUCUGCACCACCAUGAUCGACCUGGCUGACGAGUUAGGAGUCCCGUCUUACGUCUUCUUCACGUCGAGCGCCGCGUUCCUUGGCAUGAUGCUGCACCUCCAGUUGCUCCAAGACGAGCACCACGUGAACAUAACCGAAUUCAAGGACUCAGCUAGCGAGCUGGACUUCCCGAGUUUCACGAACCUGUUGCCAGCCAAGGUCUUACCCUCUGUGGUUCUGACGAAGGAGAGCGUCCGACCGUUCCUGGAGCACGCCAAGAGGAUGAGAGCCACCAAGGGAAUCAUUGUAAAUACGUUCGACGAGCUCGAACCGCAUGCAAUGAGAUCCUUGGCGGGCCUUGGGGCACCUGCGGUGUACCCCGUGGGGCCUAUACUUAGUCUGAAUGGUGAGACUAAAGAGAAGGAUAUUGAUGGCCACAGAGGCGAUGAUAUCAUGGAGUGGCUCGACAAGCAACCGCCUUCAUCAGUAGUUUUCCUGUGCUUUGGGAGCAGGGGAUGGUUCGGCGAGGACCAAGUGAAGCAGAUGGCUUGCGCGCUAGAGCGGAGUGGGCACCGCUUCUUGUGGUCCCUACGACGGCCGCCACUGUCGAAAGGCCAAGUUGAGAUCCCAAGUGACUAUGCCGACCCUGCAGAGGUCUUGCCCGAGGGGUUCCUGCACCGGACAGCUAGCGUCGGGAAAGUGAUUGGGUGGGCUCCGCAAGCUGCGGUCUUGGCCCACCGGGCAAUUGGAGGGUUUGUGUCGCACUGUGGAUGGAACUCUACCCUGGAGAGCCUAUGGUUCGGUGUUAGAGUGGCUACAUGGCCCCUAAGGGCGGAACAACAAUUCAAUGCAUUUGAGCUGGUGGUAGAGCUUGGCCUUGCGACAGAGAUCAAGAUGGAUUAUAGGAGGGAUUUUAGGAUGGAAAGCGGCAUCCUAACAGCCGAUGAAAUAGAGGGCGGAAUAAGGAAGUUAAUGGAGGAGGCAGGUAGCGAUAGUUGGAAGAAGGUGAAGGAGGUGAGCGAAAAGAGCCGAAAGGCGUUGACUGAGGGUGGCUCUUCUUAUUUAUCUUUGGGUCGUUUGAUUGAUGACAUCUUGAAUAAUAUGCCUUUGAUUUAGGUGAUUCCAAUGGUUGGAAUAUUUAGUCUUCUGCUGUAAGCAUGUUGAACAAAAAAUGGUCGCUUGCAUUGUACCUGAUCAGUUUGUACUCACCAAGUCAGUUUAAUGUGUAAACUUUGGAUGGA